UGUUCUUCUUCAAACCCAUUCCAAUUUCCACCAAAAAAUAUCGUUGUUAUUAUUAUUAUUAUUAUUAAUUAAUAACUAAAAUUGACACUUGAGUUCUAAUUUCCACUUAACAAUUGAAUAACCAUAUCUUCAACUCAUUCCCUCUCAUUCCUUCCCUUUCUUUCUCACUCUAACUUGCGUGCGUGAGUCAGUGCUCUCAUCACCACUCGUUCUCCCAUUCCGACUCCAAUACUUGGUUGCAACAAACAUAUAGAUCUUCCCAACCCUGAUUCUGCGAUUUCACCACUGUUUCGUUUUUUUUAUGAAGCCUCCUUGGCCGUGAUUUCCAUUUUUUUUUUUUGGCUGCUAAAAUAGUUGAGAUCAUUUGGUACCUAAGUUAACACGGACAGUUGAAUGUGAAUGAUGGAUGUUGCCGAGAUUGAGGUUGAAGAAAAUCUAUUUGCCGCAAAUGAUGCCAAAUUACACGGACAAAUGUACAAGGAUCUUUCUACAAUGUAUUGCAAAGUAUUGUCAGUAUUUCCUUCUUUAGAAGCAGCUAGGCCAAGGAGUAAAUCUGGAAUUCAGGCAUUAUGUGCAUUGCACGUAGCCUUAGAGAAAGCCAAGAAUGUUCUUCAGCACUGCUCAGAGUGCAGUAAACUGUACUUGGCAAUAACUGGGGAUUCUGUUCUUUUAAAAUUUGAGAAGGCUAAAUGCGCUCUUGAAGAUAGUCUUAGACGGGUGGAAGAUAUUGUUCCACAAUCUAUUGGGUGUCAGGUUCAGGAGAUUGUGAACGAAUUUGCAAGUAUGGAAUUUAUGCUUGACCCAUCAGAGAAGCAAGUUGGUGAUAAUUUAAUUGUACUGCUCCAGCAGGGGAGAAAGUUUAAUGACUCUAAUGACAGUAAUGAGCUUGAAUCUUUUCAUCAGGCUGCCACUAGGCUUGGAAUCACAUCUUCAAGAGCAGCUCUUACUGAAAGAAGAGCUCUAAGGAAACUCAGAGAAAGGGCUAAGGCUGAGGAAGACAAACGGAAGGAAUCAAUUGUUGUAUAUCUUUUACAUCUUAUGAUAAAAUAUUCCAAAUUGUUUAGAAACGAGUUCUCAGACGACAAUGAUUCUCAAGGUUCUGCCCCCUGUUCUCCCACUGUUCAGGGAUAUAUUGAGGAUGGUGUCGGUGGUCAUUGUCAGGCCUUUGACAGACAGCUUUCAAAACUCAGUUCCUUCAAAUUUAAGUCAAAUAGUAAUAGGAAAUCAGGCCAGAUGCCUCUUCCACCUGAAGAGUUAAGGUGUCCAAUAUCAUUGCAACUUAUGUAUGAUCCUGUUGUCAUUGCUUCUGGGCAAACAUAUGAAAGAGUUUGCAUAGAGAAAUGGUUUAGUGAUGGGCACAACAACUGCCCAAAGACCCAACAUAAACUUUCACAUCUUUCUUUGACUCCUAAUUACUGUGUUAAGGGUCUCGUUACUAGUUGGUGUGAACAAAAUGGUGUUCCUAUUCCUGAAGGCCCUCCUGAAUCUCCUGAUCUUAAUUACUGGGGAUUGGUAUUAUCAGAGUCUGGAUCUAUUAAUUCAAGAUCUGUAAACAGUGUAAGUUCUUGCAAGUUGAAGGGUGUCAAAGUGGUUCCCCUAGAAGAGAGUGGUAUCUCAGAGGAAGCUGUGGAAAAUGGAACUGAAAGUGUGUCUGGACAUGAAGAAGACAAUGAGCAGUAUUUUAGUUUUCUGACUGUCUUGACUGUGGAGAACAAUUGGAGGAGUAAAUGUGAAGUGGUAGAACAGUUAAGGCUGUUACUGAGGGAUGAUGAGGAAGCCAGGAUUUUUAUGGGGGCUAAUGGGUUUGUUGAAGCACUUUUGCAGUUUUUGCAAUCAGCUGUGCAUGGAGAGAAUUUGAUGGCUCAGGAAAGUGGGGCAAUGGCUCUCUUUAACCUGGCUGUGAAUAACAACAGAAAUAAGGAAAUGAUGUUAUCAGCUGGAGUAUUAUCACUGUUGGAGGAAAUGAUUUCUAACACUAAUUGUUAUGGUUGUGCAACUGCUUUAUAUUUGAAUCUCUCUUGCCUUGAAGAAGCCAAGCCUAUGAUUGGCAUGAGUCAGGCUGUUCAGUUCCUAGUCCAGCUUCUUCAGUCUGAAUCUGAUGUUCAAUGCAAGCAAGAUUCGCUCCAUGCCCUCUAUAAUCUUUCUACUGUGCCCUCCAAUAUUCCAUACCUCCUUUCAUCUGGCAUCAUUGAUGGCCUACAAUCCCUUCUUGUAGGCCAGGGUGACCGCAUGUUGACAGAAAAAUGCAUAGUUGUUUUGAUAAAUUUAGCUACUUCUCAAGUAGGAAGGGAGGAAAUCGUAUCAAGUCCCGAGCUUAUUAGUGCAUUGGCUUCGAUAUUGGACUGUGGUGAGCUCGUAGAGCAGGAGCAAGCUGUCUCUUGUCUCCUAAUUUUGUGCAAUAGAAGUGAGAAAUGCAGUGAUAUGCUCCUGCAAGAGGGGGUUAUACCUGCAUUGGUUUCAAUGUCAGUGAAUGGAACUCUAAGAGGUAAAGAAAAAGCUCAGAAACUCUUGAUGCUGUUCCGAGAGCAGCGGCAACGAGACCAUUCACCAGUUAAGACACAUCUCUGCCCUCCUGAAACUGGUGAUUUGCCUAUGCCCCCUGCAGAAAUGAAACCACUAUGCAAGUCAAUAUCUAGAAGAAAGUCUGGGAAAGCUCUUAGCUUUUUCUGGAAAAGCAAAAGCUGUUCUGUUUACCAGUGUUAAGUUCCAUGGGUUGUAAAUCUCUCUGUUAGCAUCUUUUUUUUCCCCUGGCCCUGCUUUUAUCCUCCUCUACUCUCUCUUUCCAUGGGUGCUGCUUAUUUUUGGUUUUCAAAGCGAAGAAGAGAUGUACAGGCCUUUGUAAUUUAUGGAUUUUGUAUUCUUCUUUCGCUUCCCCUCUUUGUAAUAUAUCAUAUCUAUAUUUCCUUCAAAUAUUAGCUUGACUACUAGUUAGUUAUAUUUUUGAAGAGGCUAACUAGUAUUUAGUAGAGUCCAUUUUGUUAGAAGCUAGCGCAUGUCGCUUUAUACGUCUAUUUCAGCUUUAAAAAGUCUUGCGUCUUUUAUGGUCCGUGUUAUACUCGGUCUCUUGUCCUCAAUUACGUUGAUUUCGACAUUUUUCUGACCAAUAUAAAAUAAUGAAGACCAUUAGGACAGAGAGGCUGAGGUAUAAAACUGAUGCCUGUUAAAAAUUACUUUUUUAUUUUUUUGAAAAACAAGAAAAAAACACAAUUAUCAGUUCGGCUAUAGGAUUUUUCUUUCUAUUUUGAAGAGGGGUAUGGGAUAUGUCCAUCUAAGCGGAGUACAGAAAUUGCAAAUUUUUGUGGAUUGGAUAAGUAUUUCGAAUUUAAUUUCUCAUUGGAGACA